AUGAAGUCUUCAGCUCUCUUGAACCUGCUGGCCCUGACAGGGCUGGCCUCAGCCUGCGCUCAUGAUCAUGACGACAAGGAGUGGACCAAGGAGGAACUGGAUGAGCUCGAGGCGAAAUGGGGCUAUGAGUGGCCCUUUGCUGGCAUCAACACCUUUGCCCACCUGAACCACGUCAAGUGCCUCACAGAGCCCACAGAGCCCUUCGAUAUCGCAAUCGUUGGUGCUCCCUUUGACACAGCUGUCAGCUACAGACCGGGCGCACGCUUCGGUCCCCGUGCCAUCCGCUCCGCCUCGGCACGCCAGACAUCGUUCCGCGGCUUCAACCCUCGCGCCGGCAUCAACCCCUACCAGAAUUGGGCCAAGAUCGUCGACUGUGGCGAUAUCAGCAUCACUCCCCUUGACAACAACAUCGCACAGGAGCAGAUGACCCAGGCCUUCAAGCAGCUCGGCAAGCGAAAGACCGUAUCCUCCCUGGCACCCAAGCCCAAGUUGAUGACCCUGGGCGGCGACCACAGUCUAGCACUGCCUGCUCUGAGGGCCCUGAAUCACAUUUAUGGCAAGCCUAUCCAGGUUUUGCACUUUGAUGCUCAUCUCGACACCUGGAACCCGGCUGCCUAUCCAUCCUGGUGGGGAGCCUCUCAAUUCACCCAUGGGUCCAUGUUCUGGAUGGCCAACCAGGAAGGCCUUCUCUCCAACUCGUCCUCAGAGGCCUCUGUCCACGCCGGCCUGCGCACUCGCCUCUCGGGUGACGAUUUUGCCGACAACGAGGAUGACACCUCGCAGAACUGGGUCCGUUUCACUGCUGAUGACAUUGACGAGAUCGGCACCAAGGGUAUCAUUGACGGUAUCCUCAAGGUCCUCGGCACCGAGAACCCCGUCUACCUGUCCGUCGACAUCGACGUCCUCGACCCGGCCUUUGCCCCCGGUACCGGUACUCCUGAGCCUGGUGGCUGGUCAACUCGCGAGUUCAUCCGCAUUCUGCGCGGUCUCGAAGGCCUUAACCUUGUUGGCGCUGACGUUGUCGAGGUGUCGCCCGCGUACCAAAACGGCGGGGAGGAGACCGCCCUGGCUGCAGCUCAGGUCGUGUACGAGAUCAUCUCGUCCAUGGUGAAGCGAGGACUCGCCGAUGGUGGAAAGGAGGCGAAGACUGCUGGCUCUGCCGGAAAGGAUGAGCUGUAA